AUGGGCAGGACGUCAGACGCCAGGCUACCUGCUCAUUUGCGUACCAAGAUUCCUACAGGCUCGAAUUUCACAAAGAUCAAAAAGGACGUGAGGAGUUUGGGCUUAGCUACGGUAUGCGAAGAGGCUAGGUGUCCGAACAUUGGGGAAUGUUGGGGUGGCGAGAAGGGCACGAGCACAGCAACGAUCAUGCUCAUGGGCGAUACAUGCACUCGAGCUUGUCGAUUCUGCAGCGUCAAGACGUCCAGAGCUCCCACACCUGUGGACCCACACGAACCCGAAAACGUCUCCGAGGCCAUCUCGCGCUGGGGGUUGGGCUACAUCGUGCUCACCUCGGUGGACAGGGACGACAUGCCCGACGGGGGCUCGCAGCACAUCGCGUCCACAAUCAGUCGAAUCAAAUCCAAGGCGCCCUCUACGCUCGUUGAAGCUCUCGUGCCAGACUUUCAAGGCAAGAAGCACGACAUCGAAAGAGUGGCAAAGAGCGGACUGGACGUGUUUGCGCACAACAUCGAGACGGUGGAGAGCACCACACCUAGUGUGAGGGACAGGAGGGCUGGAUAUAGGCAGACUUUGGAAGUCUUGAGAUUUGCAAAGGAGGUCACGCCUAGCCUCAUCACCAAAACCAGCAUCAUGCUUGGGUGUGGGGAGGAAGACGGAGAAGUGGAGCAGACUCUUCAAGACCUUCGCGCUCAUGGCGUAGACGUGGUGACGUUGGGACAGUACAUGAGACCCACGAAGAGGCACAUGAAAGUGUCGGCCUACGUUGACCCCGCAAAAUUCAAGCAUUGGGAAGAGAGGGCCAAAGAGCUGGGCUUCUUGUACGUGGCCAGCGGUCCUCUGGUCAGAAGCAGCUACAGGGCCGGAGAGUACUUUAUUGAGAACGUUAUCAAGAAACGUCGCUCUGAAGGCCCGAACGCUCCGCACUUGGGCUCCGAAACGUCUAGAGCCUCGCAGAGCACCUCGUCGCAGCCUUCCUUUUGA